CCUGUUGUAGUCUGCUCAACGACAGCCCAACUCUCUCUCUCUCUCUCUCUCUCUCUCUCUCUCUCUGUGACUGAGCAUAGACAAAUCCAUCAGGGCUCUUCUUUCAAACCCACCAGUAUUUUGAUUUCUGAAUCUAAAUGGAGAGAGUAACCAUAGAAGAAAGAGGGCAGGUGUCAAGUCCUCUGCUUGCAAAAGCAGAGCCUAUUCCCAACUUACACGGCGCAGCCGGCGGCGGGGAUGAUGAGCGGCGGAGCAGUGGCUCUUCUUCCGCCACAUCUGUCGUCGUCCUCAGCACCUUUUUUGCCGUCUGCGGUUCCUACGUUUUCGGUUCCGCUGUGGGAUUUUCAUCACCGGCACAGGCUGGAAUUAUGGAUGACCUGGGUCUCUCCAUAGCUGAAUACUCAGUUUUUGGUUCAAUAUUGACCAUUGGAGCAAUGUUAGGUGCAGUAAUGAGCGGAAGGAUAGCAGAUCUCUUUGGUAGGAGAGGUACAAUGUGGUUUUCGGAGGUGUUCUGCAUCAUUGGUUGGCUUGGAAUACUGUUUUCUAAGGGUUGUUUGAGCCUUGAUCUUGCAAGACUUUCAAUGGGAUAUGGAAUUGGGCUUCUUUCUUAUGUGGUUCCUGUAUAUAUAUCAGAAAUAACUCCAAAGAAUCUUCGAGGAGGUUUUGCCACAGUUAACCAGCUGAUGAUAUGUUGCGGUGUAUCUGUAAUGUAUCUAAUUGGAACUGUCCUAACCUGGCGCACUUUGGCUGUGAUUGGAGUUAUUCCAUGUGUCACACAGCUUGUGGGAUUGUUUUAUGCUCCUGAGUCUCCUAGAUGGCUAGCAAAGCUUGGUAGGUGGAAAGACUGUGAAACUGCUCUGGAGCGCCUUAGGGGACACGGUGCCAAUAUCUCUCAAGAAGCAGCUGAGAUUAGAGAAUACACAGAAGCCGUUCAGCACCUCUCAGAAGCUAGAAUUCUGGACUUGUUCCAGUGGAAAUAUGCUCAUUCACUCAUUGUUGGGGUUGGGCUGAUGGUGCUUCAACAAUUUGGAGGAGUGAAUGGGAUUGCAUUUUAUGCUAGUGCUAUAUUUGUGUCAGCUGGUUUUUCUGGGAGAAUCGGGACUGUGUCAAUGGUGGUUGUUCAGGUUCCCAUGACCUUGCUGGGUGUACUGUUAAUGGAUAAAUCUGGACGACGACCACUUCUAUUGGUGUCUGCAGCAGGAACAUGCGUGGGUUGCUUCCUUAUAGGACUGUCAUUCUCCUUGCAGGACCUUCAGCAGUGGAACUUCAGUCCCUUUUUAGCUCUUGCUGGUGUACUGGUAUUUACAGGAUCUUUCUCAUUAGGGAUGGGAGGAGUUCCAUGGGUUAUAAUGUCAGAGAUAUUUCCCAUAAACACGAAGGGUUCAGCUGGCAGCCUUGUGACACUCGUCAACUGGUUUGGUUCGUGGAUUAUUUCAUAUGCUUUUAACUUCCUAAUGAAAUGGAGCUCAGCAGGGACAUUCUUCAUCUUCUCCAGCAUAUGUGGAUUCAGUAUACUGUUUGUUGCAAAGCUGGUACCGGAGACUAAGGGGAGAACUCUAGAAGAAAUACAAGCAUCAUUGAAUCCAUUUUCUUCAAGAUAAAACUUUCACAUAUUAUCCUUGCAUUGUAUGUCAUCAUGUGCAAUUGUAAUUGACAUUCAAGGGGUGGGCCUGCGCUUAUUCAGCCAUGUGGCUGCAGGUUCUUCCCCCAUCAGAACCUGAUUUGGUGGUUUGGUAUUUGGUUAAAUGACGAUGAAGGCAUUUUUUU